CUUACUUUCUACUCAAUCCUAAUAGCUCAUUGAUUCUUACUCCUUACCCAUUUCUUUUCAACGAAUAUUUUGGAUUUUUAAUUUCGCGACGUCAUUGUCAUUUUUCACAAUGGCAUCGUAUGAGAGUGCGGGAAAUCCUCUGCUUGUAGGUUUUUUUAACGACGAUGCCACUCUAGACACCCAAAAUAGAUUCGUGAACGAGCUGUGGCCACAAUCAUCUACAUGUGUUGAGAAUAUCAUGGUCGACGCUUAUUUUAAUCUUGUUCGCGACGAAAAGCAAUGGGCAAAUAUCCAACAUCAUGCCGUCAAGACCUAUCAAGAUAUAAUCUCCAUUGUCGGCAUAGUGCGAACCCAUCUGGAUCUUCCACUUCAAGAGAUCGCAAGUCUUGUCAGUCAAGAGGUUUCGACUUUUGGCCAAGACCUGUCAAAGAUUUCCACGUCCAUCGAACUUGCGGUCCGCUUAUGGCUUAUGUCUAGCAUCCACAAUCGCAUAACUCUAGAUCAGUCCAUACUUGAGACGCCACUGCCAUGGGCCGAUGACCGUAGCUUGAAGUCAGUCAUUACAGAUUAUGUGAAUAAGCCUUCAGACAAAGCUGUCGGCCGAUUCCCAAAGAGCAUGAAUAUUGGAGACAUGAACAGAAUGGCGGGCUUUCAGUUCAAAUGGACAAGCAAUCUUAGUUACCAUUUAAUUUUGAAGGACUCAACCAUAUACCUUUUCCAUAACGUGUCCGUACUAAAACGUAUGAAGGCCUUACAGGAUUUUCCUCUACCUCAUGACUAUAUUGAUGAGACCCUAGCGACUAUUAGCCUCCUCAUACCUUUGAACGACGCAAGAUGCAAUAGGUGGCUCCAUGAACAAAUUUCUGCUGGGCGGGUCGAUAAACAUAUCAGGUAUUGUCGUGAAGAGCCGGAACAUAGCAAGUUAUACUAUGGGUAUUGGCAAGUGAGACUCGAAAAUAUUGAAAAAGCUUUUGAGAGAGCCAGACCACGCAAUAUUUUUCAAUGGAUACACGACACUAGGGAUUGGGAACGCUGGUGGGGAUUCUGGCUCAUAAUGGCUGGUAUAUUCCUGACAGUUUUCUUCGUACUUAUUCAAUCUGUGACUGGGAUUAUUCAAGUAGUGAAACCUAACUAAGGAUACGAUAAUAAAAUAGCAAC